AUGGAGUCGGCAGAGAGCCUCGUGGCGUGGCUGAGCCGGGACCUUGGCAUUGCUCUGCAAACUUUUCGCGGCCUGUCUGACUCUCAAGUGGCCUUCGCUGUGGCCCUUGGACAGAUGCGUGAACAGACCCAAACGCCCACGAGGAGCCUUGCCAAGGUGCCCUGUCCAUUUAUCAGCAGAUAUCCACAGCAGCUGUGUGGGAUCUGGAGCCUCACCCCUGAGGGACGUGCAGCGCAGCAGUUUUUGGACAGCAGUGCGGUGAUGCACGUCAACAAGAUGUGGGGGCUCAUGCUGUUUACAUGGCUCGGCGCUGGUGGCACACAAGGGCGGGCUUUUCAGCAGCUCAUGGCUGUGCCGGAAAUGUCCAACUACCGGUGCGAUGAUCGUCAGCCCUUGGAGGUCAUCAACUACGCCAAGCUCUGCGUGGAACACCUGGGUGGCCACACCCGCCAGUUCUUCGGCAGCGAUGGCCGAGACAAGUCGCAGCGCUUAGGCAAAAGCGCCGAAGGCAUGUUGGCUGCCUGGCACGAGGCAGUGCCCGCUCUGACAAAGGCUUUCGGCGAGGGCACUUCAAGCUUCAUGGCGGCCUUGGGGCGCCUUCCAAAAGCCGGGCCCUUGGCUCAGAAAGAGAUUUGCAGCUACCUCGGUGUGUCCACUCACUUCAGUUACAUGGCCGAGGAGAUUCCCUUUGGCUCUGGUGCCGAGAAGGGUGCCAGACUUUUCUUGCAGCUUGAGGACAACUUCCUAGAUGGAGCCAAGGCUCUGCGCAAAAAGCUGGAAGACUGCAUGCUGCAGCACUUCCCGGGCUUGAAGGGGAAGAGUGACUUGGGCUACUUGUCUGUGGUGGACAUCGAAAUCUUCUGUUGCUAUGGCUGUAGUUACCUGUGCAAGUUUAUACAAAAAUUGCGUGACAGAUUGAAGCAGCCUUUUUGCAAAGUCCCGUACUAUGAGGCUUUGGAGUUGGCUGAAGGCUUUACAACGCCGACAGGCUGGGUGCUCCAUGUGAAUGGAAGACCGGCGUUGGAGAUCGAGUUGCCGGCCUUUUCGUGUGCAAGCGAGUCAAAGAAGCCCCGCCUCUCCAGCAGCCUUUUCAGCUUGGGGGAAGACUGGCGGCGCCUGGAGCAAGGGCUGGGCCAAACCCAGAAACAGAAGCACGCGUGCUUCAAGGCCGUGAAAGAACUUGGCAGGUGCACUGAGCAAGAAAUCCUCCAGAAGCUGCAGCUGUACGUGGAUCGCGAAGAGCUGGACAAGCCUGAACAACCCCUCAGCAAGGUUUGGGGGCAUUACCGCCCCAAGCUGCUUCAAGAAGGCUUCCUUGUCGUGACGGAGCCUUGA